AUCCAACCAAAAGUUGAAGAAUCAGGUGCAUCCAAUUUGUUUUUCCUAAAAUUGAAGAAUCAGGUGCCGUUCAUGCCGCGGUGCGAGUUCAGGACUUCAAGGAACACAGUCUCUAUCUCACUUUGUCCAACUACAAAACCAGACCAGGUUCAUUGCACCAAUCCAAGUAUCCAACAAAGUCUUAAUUUAUCCAUUUCUUUCAACCUCUUCUUCACACUCUUUCAUCGAAUAAAAACCUCUUCACUCUGUUUAUUCUUAAACCCCCCAACUCCAACGUUAAUCAUCAUCAUCAUCUUCAAGUCUUUAACAUGGCCUUCUCCGAGUUCAAGCCACUAGACGACAAGUCGCUCGUAGAGUACAUAAAGGCCACACCCUCCCUCUCUUCCAAGCUCAAGGACCACCUGGACAACUUGACCAUCAAGGAAGUCGGCGACGGCAAUCUCAAUUUCGUCUUCAUCGUCGUUGGCUCUCAUGGCUCUUUCGUCAUCAAACAGGCUCUUCCAUAUAUACGUUGUAUAGGUGAGUCAUGGCCGAUGACGAAGGAAAGAGCUUAUUUUGAGGCAUUGGCACUGAGAGAGCAUGGUCGUUUGAGUCCUGAUCAUGUUCCUGCAGUUUAUCAUUUUGAUCGGACCAUGUCUUUGAUUGGCAUGCACUAUUUGGAACCUCCGCAUAUUAUACUGAGAAAGGGAUUGAUUGCUGGAAUUGAGUACCCUUUGUUAGCUGACCACAUGUCAGACUAUAUGGCAAGGACUCUGUUCUACACUUCGCUCCUUUAUCAUAAUACUACUGACCACAAGAAAGCUGUUGCGGAAUUUUGUGGAAACGUGGAGCUAUGUAGGCUCACUGAGCAAGUUGUUUUCUCUGACCCUUACAAAGUAUCUGAAUAUAACCGCUGGACUACUCCUUAUCUUGAUUCUGAUGCUGAGGCUGUGCGAGAGGACAAUGCUUUGAAGCUUGAAGUUGCUGAAUUGAAAUCUAUGUUCUGUGAGAGAGCCCAAGCCCUCAUACAUGGAGAUCUUCACACUGGUUCUGUGAUGGUGACUCCUGAUUCAACUCAAGUUAUAGAUCCGGAAUUUGCAUUUUAUGGACCAAUAGGUUUUGACAUUGGGGCUUUUCUGGGAAACUUGAUGUUGGCUUUCUUUGCACAAGAUGGGCAUGCUGAUGAACAAAAUGAUCGAAAAGCAUACAAGGCUUGGAUUUUGAGGAUAAUUCAAAACACAUGGAACCUUUUCCACAGAAAGUUCAUUGCACUAUGGGAGGCAAACAAAGAUACUGGUGAUGCGUAUCUUCCUGCAAUCUAUAACACCUCUGAGCUUCAACAGCUUGUACAAGACAAAUUUAUUAAAGAUUUGCUUCAUGACACCCUUGGAUUUGGUGCUGCGAAAAUGAUAAGGAGAAUUGUUGGUGUGGCACAUGUUGAAGAUUUUGAAUCAAUCACUGAUGCUAGCAAGAGAGCGGGUUGUGAGCGGCGGGCUCUUGAGUUUGCAAAGCUGAUUCUCAAGGAGAGGAGAAAAUUUCAAAACAUUGGGGAAGUUGUUUCAGCCAUUCAACAAAUCCAGUAACGACUAAUGAGAGGUAGUGGCUGAAUUAGAGUACUGUCUCACCAAAGUUACAGUUGGAUGCGGAAGGAAAAUUGCGGUUUAGAUUUUUGGAUCGGAGGGACAGCGGCUGAUCUCACGGCUUGAGAGAUAUAUGUUUGGAUAAUAAAAACACAACUCAUAUGUGCAAUAUAUAUUCACUUAGAUGUGGUCUGUGAAUGCUUAUCGUUAUCACCCUCAUCUCCCGUGUCCUGAGCCAUGAGUUUACAGUUUGAGAGUGUUCUCUGGAGAAAGGGGUUGAACCAUAUUGUUGAAAUUUUUGGCCUGUUAAUCCAAAAUGAUUAGUGCUUUCUUA